CGUCACAACGUCAUGUGACAUUGGGAGCCUCAUUUCCAAAGUGACCCCGCGACCGACUAUAAACACCAUCAUCAGGCUAAGUUCCUAUUAUAUAUAUUACUAAUCUUUAUUAGCACAGCGCAUGAGAUGCAGAUAUUACCCUGCUGGGACGUCCCGUCUCUGCUUCAAACCCACGUGACUUUAGCAUGUCACCUGACCCACUGUCAUCAAAAGGACCUUACGGCGCAUGAGGAUUUGGAUACUUCGAUUAUUUUUUUUGGGGGGGGGGAGUAGCCUUAUAAACUGUCCAUUGGAACCUUCUUCUAUCAAUAGAGCAUUAGAGCGGCGCUGAAAUGAAUCUCUCCGUGAAGGACGUCCUAGUAAUGUCAUAGCGAAGUAGGUUUGCCCUUAACAAACAUGGCCGCCUAUUUCCGGCGCAGGUUACUUUGUGCCUGUGGCGGAAAAAGCCGAGAUCUCCCGACUGUCCGAGGAAUAUGGCGCUGACCAGAAGAGGAAAGAGCUCGCUGGUUCGAUCAUCGGUUCCCCUGCAAAUCCUCCUUUACAUCAAUAUUCUGUAUUAUGUUUUUUAUUUUCUAGCAACGCUGCUUAUGAUCAUUUAUAAAAGUCAGGUCUUCAGUUAUCCCGACUCUAAUUUAGCAUUAGACCUUGGUCUACUCUUCUUAAUGGCGAUUGUGGAAUCUGUGAGACUGUACUUAGGAACGAUGGGAAACCUAAAAGAAGAGGAGCUCCCCUUAGGAUCCAGCCUGUUCUUCACUGCUGGCAAUGUCAUGCUGUCUGUGUAUUUCCUUGUAUGGGAGACGUAUAUCCUGAGAGCAGAUGUAAUUCUCAAUGCCAUCCUAUUGAUCUUGUAUGGGCUGGAAGCCAUCUUAGAGCUGAUCACCCUUGCAGCGUUCUUCCGAUAAAGGGAACCACUUUUUGGGAUAAAGUUUCUUUUUAUUCUGGUGUUUGGGAAGUGACUUUUGAAAAGGGCAAGAAGAUUCUGUAAAGGUCCUUUAUCAGGGCUCGAAUAGUCAGUAAUGGACUGGAAGCAUGGGGGGGGGGGGAGAUAUGAAAUAAGAAGCCUCCUUGGAUGGCAGUAAAAUUGCAUUAUUUUAUUUUGAUGAUUUGAUGAGGAAAAUGUAUAAAUUCGGACCGUUGAGUCUCCUAAUAUGUAACUGCGUCAUGCCCAUAAGACAGUGGGGGCUAAUAUACAUCUCAUAAUAGCAUUCUCUUAUGUCAGGGAUCAGCAGCCUUCGGCACUCCAGCUGUUCUGCAACUACAACUCCCAGGAUCCUUUUGCAUCUAUAGGAGUUACAAGAACAGCUGAGUAAGUCUGCAUGCUGGGACUGUCCAGUUUCACAGUAGCUGGCUUGCCGAAGGUUGCUGAUCCCUGUCUUAUGUGAUCUCCUGUCCUUAUGGUUCUGCAGUCUAUAGUCCAGCUAAAGGAGAAUUAAAGGGGUUGUCACAUCACAAGAACUGACCCUCUAGCGACAAGAUAGGGAAUAAGUGUCUGAUUGGCAGAGGUCUGACCGCUGGACAAGAACAGGGGCCCACGUUCCCCCAUUUGAAUGAAUGUUAUGUUUGUGGAUAGGGGAUAACUAGCAGAUCAGUAGGGGUCUUAACACUGGGACCCCCACCGAUCACAAGAACGCGGGCCCCGUACCCUAUGGAGCCCCCGAAAUGAACAGAGCGCCCAGUCUGGCAUGUGCUCAGCCGCUCCAUUCACUUCUAUGGGAGUUCCAGAGAUAGCCGAGUACAGCUCUCACUCAUCUCCAAAAUUCUCAUAGAAAUGAAUGGAGCGGCUGCGCAUGUGCCCAGCAGGGGAACGGGUCGAUCUCAUGAUUAGUGGAGAUCAAUUAUGAUUGUAGAACUUCCACAAACCACAUGCAGCUCUUUAGCCUUCCAUGUAGGGUUACCUAUUUCCAAUUUUACUGGAUAAAAAUAUGCACAGGACAAGUUAGGCUGGAUUCAUAUCACUGUUUAGUUUUCCGUUCAUCUGAUCUGUCAGAAGAACAGAAAAAAAAAUGGAUCCAUUAUUUUGAGCAUUCGUUAUGCUUAUUUUGCCUCCCUUUUAGUCAUUUCUGUCUGAGAUCCGUUAUUUUUGACUGGAGAAAAGUCCUUCAUGGACUCGGAGAGAACUAACAGAUGCAGAAUAAGCACAACUGAUGCUCAAAAUAAUAGAUCUAUUUUUUUGUAUUUUAUUUUCUGUUCUUCUGACGGAUUAGAAGAACGGAAAACGAAACGGUCAUGUGAACCCGGCCUGAGGAGAUCUUCUUUGAGACUCCUGCAGACUAAUUUUGCGUUGAUUGCAAAAGAGAUUUUACGGUUUCAGAGGAAACCACACAUAAUGCCACUGUUUUUAAUAUUACAUGCCUUUUUGUGGCAUUUUUAUAAAUGGCAUGUUAUAGUGCGUGCGUUUUUAAUCAGAUACUCAUGCACCGCCAUCUGAUGGUGACAUGGACAAGCAAAAAAAACAUGGUCUAUGGAUUGACAGAAAAAGCCAAACACCAUGUACACAACACAUGAAGGAGAAACACCACAAAAAUUGCUUCUAAAAUUGUGAAUUACCCCCCCCCCCCCCACAAAAACUAAACUAAAUUUGUCACCAGAUGGACACCUUUACCCCUGAGAGCAGCGCGCACCAUGUUCUCUGAUACUAGGCUGCACAGUAGCGCAGCGUAGUAUCUGUAGAUGUCAAAUCCCAGUAUCAAAUUGAUAAAGGUACAAAAGUAUCGAUAAUUCGAUACCCGGUGCAACCUAAGGUGGGGUUGACGCGUUGCUGUUGUGUUGCUUUUUAAAAAUUGAUUUUUACCGUUAUUGUUUUUAUUUCAUUUUUAGAGGUGAAAUGUUAAGUCUAGGACUACCAGGUGACACUGGUCGCUGCCAGGAUUGCAGAGUAGCGGUGCUAGUAUCGAAAUGAACAGGAGCACAGCGCAAGCCGCAAAAAAUCCAGCAGUAAAGCAUUCCUAUUCAUUUUUAUGGUAUCAUCACUACUCUGCCACUGUUGUGGCGCAUGACAUAUUUGUGCUAUAAUUUUCCACUUUUUGAGCUGCUUAGAAAAAUGUUGAUAAAAAGGGACAGGUCUUAGGUCCUGCUCCUCCCACUAUCAGAGCCCGACGGAUUUACUAUAACUUCCACAAGAAACUGGUGUGGCCCCUAGCUGGCGUAAAUUUGAGUUUCUGGCCAGAGAUGCGCCUGAGUAGUGAUGAGUCCUCUCCUGCAUGACGGAAACCGUCCAGAUCCAUUAUGCUGGCCAUAGACUUCUAUUAUAAUGGAAUGCCUUUAAUGCAUUCCAUCGUGGAAUUUCGUUAUGGUCUGUGGUAACGGAAUCCAUAACAAAAUUUAGCACAUAACCAAACCCAAACCGCAACUUGAACUUGCAAAACUGAAGUUCGCUCAUCACUAAGGGCUCGUUCACACGAACGAGCGUGUGAAGCCUGUGCCAGUGCUGUGGAUGGCAAAUUACGGUCCGCAAUGCACGGGCACCUUCCAUGUGGCAGGUGCAUGGGGAUCGCCGACCCAUUCACUUGAAUUGGUCCGCGAUCCCUCCGUUCCGCAAAAAGAUAGAGCAUGCUCUAUCUUUUUGCGGUGCAGAGGCACGGAACGGAACCCCAGAAAGCACUCCGUAGUG